AUGACCCUCUUAAAUCUCACCCCUCUCCUACUAUACCCUCUUACAUCUCACUGCCUCUCCUACUUACUCUCUUACAUCUCACUCCCUCUCCUACUAUACCCUCUGACAUCUCACUCCCUCUCCUACUAUACCCUCUUACAUCUCACUGCCUCUCCUACUUACUCUCUUACAUCUCACUCCCUCUCCUACAAUACCCUCUUACAUCUCACUGUCUCUCCUACUAUACCCUCUUACAUCUCACUCCCUCUCCUACUAUACCCUCUUACAUCUCACUCCCUCUCCUACUAUACCCUCUUACAUCUCACUCCCUCUCCUACUAUACCCUCUUACAUCUCACUCCCUCUCCUACUAUACCCUCUUACAUCUCACUGCCUCUCCUACUUACUCUCUUACAUCUCACUCCCUCUCCUACAAUACCCUCUUACAUCUCACUCCCUCUCCUACAAUACCCUCUUACAUCUCACUCCCUCUCCUACUAUACCCUCUGACAUCUCACUCCCUUUCCUACUAAACCCUCUUACAUCUCACUGCCUCUCCUACAAUACCCUCUUACAUCUCACUGCCUCUCCUACAAUACCCUCUUACAUCUCACUGCCUCUCCUACAAUACCCUCUUACAUCUCACUGCCUCUCCUACUAUACCCUCUUACAUCUCACUGCCUCUCCUACAAUACCCUCUUACAUCUCACUGCCUCUCCUACAAUACCCUCUUACAUCUCACUGCCUCUCCUACAAUACCCUCUUACAUCUCACUGCCUCUCCUACAAUACCCUCUUACAUCUCACUGUCUCUCCUACUAUACCCUCUUACAUCUCACUCCCUCUCCUACUAUACCCUCUUACAUCUCACUCCCUUUCCUACUACACCCUCUUACAUCUCACUCCCUUUCCUACUAAACCCUCUUAAAUCUCACUCCCUCUCCUACUACACCCUCUUACAUCUAACUCCCUCUCCUACUAUACCCUCUUAUAUCACAUUCCCUCUCCUACUUACUCUCUCACAUCACACUCCCUCUCCUAUUAUACCCUCUUACAUCUCACUCCCUCUCCUACUAUACCCUCUUACAUCUCCACUCGCUCUCCUACUAUAUCCUCUACUCUGA